AUGUGCAACCGGCAGCACACCCAGGCGUGCUUGAACACAUCCCUGUCCAUACGGCAGGAGAUACAGCGGUUUGAAAGUGUACAUCCAUCGAUAUACGCUUUAUACGACCUCGUGGAGCUCGUGCCUGACCCGUUAUUGGCCCAGCAGAUCCGAGAUCACGUCGUCGCUAUAGAAGACACGAAACAUUUUAUAGCAGGCUUAAAGGCUGGAUAUGAAAAGGCUCCCGGCUUUAGCCAGCACGGUGAUGUAAUGUAG